GCUAGAUCAGAUGGAAAUCCUACCCAUGCGCCCAAGGAUUAGCACUUGGCUUUCUAACACCUCCUCUAAUUAUCUAAUAGCAUGGGUUGCGAGGACUCAGUCUCUAUUAAAACACUUUUACUAUUAGCAGUAGUGAUUGGAAUUGUGAUGACGACUAGAUUUCAACAAAUUAGAGCUUAAAAAUGGGGAGAUGGAAGAGAAGUGGCUUCUUUUAAUUUCCCUGAGUUUAACAUCAAUAAUUAGAGCAAUUUUCAGAGAUGCGAGCUGAAAUUACCCCUGCUGUGCUGUAGAUGAUCACCUUAAUUUUAGCAAAUUGACUCUAGGGGAAUAAAUGUGACAGAUUAGAAAAAGACAAACAGAAAAAAAAAACCUAAAGAUUGGGAGGGAGGAAAAUGAAAAGAAAGGCUGCAAAAGGGAAUGGGAAACAAAAACAUAGUUCAAUUAUUUUGGAGGGCUGGCUUGGGCUGAAAGGGAUAGUAUAGCAGAAAUAGCAAGCCCUGUGAGUGGAAUGAGGAGAAAGUAAUGGAAAUUUGAGAGGAGGUGGAGGCUGGCAUUAAGAGGUAUUUCGGACAAAUUUACAGAGACCAAUUACUUGACCUAUGUGAAUAUAACUUUCCCCAUACCAUCCUCUAAAACUGAAGUAAAAAGUGUUACGAUCGUCCUCACAUUUUAUUUAUUUACCUAAAAAUGCAGUCAUCUCUCAGCCAUAAAUUGAAGUUGGGUCUAGCAGAAGUGGACUCUCUUCACUUCUCCUGUUCCCCUUCUGCUAUCAUUUCUCUAAAGUUUUAAAGCCCAGGCCCCAAAGCUGAAGUAAAUGCCAUAUCCCUAUUGCUUUGAGGCCCUUUAAAUGCCUUCUGCUCUCUAAAGAGGAGUUUGUCCGAUGGUGGAGACUUUUUCUCUUUUGCUGUCUUUAAAAACGGCUGGGACCCCAGGCAGAUCCUGCAGUGGCGGGGCAGAAAUUGAGGUCAAGAGACCCGGUAGGGGCAAGAACCCCAUCAGCUUCACUUCCCUCUCUCUGGGUCUGGCGGCCCUAUUCAGCACCGCGGACAGCGCCCCGCCUCGCCCCGCCCCGCCCCGCCUCAUGCCCAUCGCACCCUCCUCUCCGCCUCUGGCAGGCUUGCCAUUGGCUCUCCCUUGUCCCCUCUCCGAGCUGCCAAUUCUGCUACACGUAGACCCAACCUACCCAGGAGCUUGUCUUCUCGCCUCACCAGCGCCAGGGGUAGCCCAAGCCGAGGAGAGCGCAUCAGGGAUCUGAGCCUCGAGGGUGGUUGGCUCUAGACCAGGCGUGCUGAGACGCUGCCAGCUUCCUACACUUCGUCCCCGGCCCUCGCCCUGUGGCAGGCGCUCGGCUCAAGAUGAAUCUCAACUUCACCUCGCCGUUACACCCGGCAUCUUCUCAGAGGCCCACGUCCUUCUUCAUCGAGGACAUCCUGCUACACAAGCCCAAGCCGCUAAGGGAGGUGGCCCCCGACCAUUUUGCCAGCUCUCUGGCCUCCCGGGUGCCUCUGCUAGACUAUGGCUACCCCCUCAUGCCCACACCCACUCUCCUGGCUCCUCACCCCCAUCACCCUCUACAUAAGGGAGACCACCACCACCCUUAUUUCCUCACCACCUCAGGCGUGCCGGUCCCGGCGCUGUUCCCGCAUCCCCAGCACACAGAGCUGCCGGGGAAGCACUGCCGCCGCCGCAAAGCUCGCACGGUCUUCUCGGACUCGCAGCUCUCGGGCCUGGAGAAGAGAUUCGAGAUCCAGCGGUACCUGUCCACGCCGGAGCGGGUGGAGUUGGCCACGGCCCUCAGCCUGUCCGAGACGCAGGUGAAAACGUGGUUUCAGAAUCGGCGGAUGAAGCAUAAAAAGCAGCUGAGGAAAAGCCAAGACGAGCCCAAAGCGCCCGACGGGCCCGAGAGCCCCGAGGGCAGCCCCCGCGGCGCAGAGGCCGCACCCGCCGAGGCUCGGCUGGGCUUGCCCGCCGGGCCCUUCGUGCUGACCGAGCCCGAGGACGAGGUGGACAUUGGGGACGAAGGGGAGCUGGGCUCAGGGCCGCACGUGCUCUGAGCCGCCGAGUAGGGGAGCCGGGGAGGACGCUGCGGGGCGGGCCUGGGAGAUCAGCUCCAGGAAGACAAACACAACACACCUGUCAAUCCUCCAACCCGUGCGGGGCUGGGGCGGCCGGGCCUCCCGCCCUCCUCCCCCGCCCGCCCGCCCGCAGCGUCUGUGCCCCGGCGAGUGUGCGCCUGCUUCGCUCGCCCCGAGCCCGGCGCCUUUGGCAGCGCCAAAUGGAGCUUGGGCUUCCCGCUCCCUAGUUCGGUGGGUGGCGGACAUUUCCCCCGCCACGACUGCACACCCUUCGGCCCUCACCCCUCAGCCACCUGUCCCCGCUCCGUCGUCCAGUCUCCUCGGCCUCGCCACCGGACCCCUUGCCCUUCCUUGGGCAGACCGAUUGGCUGCAGGAGCAGUGAAGCAGCAACACCCAGAUUGUCUGUGACAGCAAACACAUGAGUUAAUCACUGCAGCUCAGCUCAACACAGUCAGCUGUCAGAGGACUCCUUUAAGCAGAAUAUGCUAGCCCUGGCUUAGAACUUUCAUUUAGUGCAUCCAGAAUAGAGAAAAAAAAAAAAAAACAACAACCCACCAUUGUGAAAAAUCAAGGACCUCCUCCACCACAAAAUACCUGGAAAUGUUGGAUUAAAUUAAACAUCAUUUUACUUACAUAGCUGAAUUUAUAAGAGAGACAGGAAAUCUUCAAAGACCAUAAGCUAAACAAGAACCAAAACUAAAGCAGAUUUUGGAUACGCUGAAGCUACAGCUUUCUUUGAAGGAAUUCUGGACUUAAGUGCUUGAAUUUCAACAUUUACACUGGGAUGGGAUGUGUGAGAUCUUGGCCUUGUGUGGGAUAGGGAAUCUGAACUGAGAUGCCUGUGUGAAGGCUGUCACCCUUGAAGAGCUACGCCCUCAAUAAAAAGGUGGAUUAGUGAAAAACUCAUUGACCAGCCUUGAGAAACAAGAGAGCAAGCUUAUCUGAGUCUAGGCUCUGAACUGGAAAAAAGUUCCCUGUGAAUAUCUAUGGGACAAUAUUUGGAAUUUAUAUUUACCUUACCCAUAUAAUCAUGGAAAUCCAGCAUUAAGAAAUUAACAUAAAAAUAAUCCUGGGGUAAGACCCCUCUGUUCAUGUCUGGGAGAAGCAAAUACAGAAGUUCUCUGGAAGGAUACAUUCCCACCCAAGCCUGCCUUGCUGUCUGCACAUCAGAUGGCUAAACAUAAGUUCACAAUCCAAAAUCCUAGAACAUAUGAGGAAACAACCUACCAAGUAUGAGAGUCAGACACACGAACAUGCAUAUGCGCGCGCGCAUACACACACACACACAGAGUAGAUUUCUAGGUAACAUUCAUAAGUAAACAUUAUAAACGUGCAAGAAGAAAUCAAAUUCCUGAGAAAUGUAUUCUGAAAAAAAAACAGGAAGGUUUUAAUUGAAACCAUAAAGAAAAUUCUAGACAUGAAAGACACCAUCCCUGAAAAUGUACAUCUCAGUGGAUAUAUUAAAGAGUAUGAAGAGACUUCUAAACAGGAAAUUUCUCAGAAAAAAACGCAGAGAGAUAAGAGUUUGAAAAUAAGAAACAAUUUAAAGGACACAGAGUCUAGCUAGAAUAAGAGAAUCAAAUAUACAUCCAUUUGGUGUUCCUGAAGGGAAAAAAUAGAACAGACAUAAGAGACAUAAUAUUCAAAGGGGAAAUGGGUAAUAAUUCUCCAGAAUUUAUGAAAGAGAUGAACUGUCAUAUUUCAGAAUAACAGAAAAAUCACAAGCAGGAUUACAAAUUUCAAACCUAGAUGCUUCACAGUGAAGCUUCAGAAUACCAAAAACCAAAAAGAGCCCUCAAAACAAACAAGAAAAGGAAAAAAAGACCAAAAAAAGAGAAUUACAUUGACAAAAAGACUUUUCAAAGAAAUACAGAAACCAAGAAAUAGAAAAAACAGUUUUUUCAAAGAUUUUAAUUCAUAGAAACUAUAAGAUACAGAGCAAGGUUAAACUAUAAGAUACAGAGUCAAGAAAAGAAAUUUCAAGUUUACCAUGGAAAUGCACUUGCUGCAAGAACUUCUUCAGGAAGAAAAUAAAGCAGAAGAAAGAAUGUGAGGCGAAGACAUUAAUACACAAUAGGUUAAAUGUAAAACAGCGUUGACUUUACAACAAUAAUAAAAGCAAUGAAUAAUUUCUGA